AAAUUUAUGGAAUUAUGAAAAAGGAAAUUUUACAUUCUGCUUACCUUUCAACAAUUGAAAAUCUUGAGACUAUAUCAAUGUCAUACUUGGACAAGUUUCUAGAAAAUAAUGUGAAGAGUUUAAGGGAACUUUGUACUGAUCCAUAG